AAAAAAGUGUAAUUAUUUUUGAUUGAUUAUAAAGCUUUAUUAUCGAUUAUCAAGACCAGUGAACCUGAGCAUUAAAUAUUAAAAAACUAUUUUAUUGUUUAUUAUUUAUUUAUAACGCGACACUCUGCGCGGUGUAAUGUGUCGCAGUACACUACGCUACGCCACUCUAUCCAAGUGAGUCGAAGGGGCGAGGCGGCAGUCUGUAUCGUACGCUACGCACGGGAAAUUUAGUUGUGGGAUCGUAGUAGUUGCUAGCAUUGGCUGAUGGCAGGCGUCUUGUCGCCUUGCCGCUUCCCUCCCCCCACCAACUCCAUCACCGCCACGCGCCAUUGUCAUUCGGUUGUCUGGUCUCAACUCCACGUACUGCAGUCUGUCUAACUGUUUAGGUUUAACGUUUUUGUAAUUUGUUUUGAGCGGAGUAACAUUUUGAAAUUGUAACUUGUGAGUCAGACCUUUACUUCCGAUGUCAUUGAUGCUAUAACAAGCAGCUGUACAAAUGGAUGGACGCAAACGGCUCAGUGGGUGGCAAUACAAAAAAGUAGCCGAAGAGAAGAAAAAAAAAUUGACAGAAGUUGUAAAUAAAACUGCGAAGCUUGAUACAUUUUUUACAAGAAGUAACCUACCAGUGCCACCAGAACCAGUGCUUUUAGAAAGUGUCAAAGAAUUUUGUGAAGUAGAACUAGAAGUAUGUUCCAUAUUAACGCCUUCAGCUUCAACAGCUUCAGCAUCAGUGCCUUCAGCUUUAACAUCAACCCCUCCAGCUUCAGCAUCAGCCCCUUCAGCUUCAACAUCAACCCCUUUAGCUUCAGCAUCAGCCCCUCCGGUUUCAACAUCAACCCCUUCAGCUUCAGCAUCAACCCCUUCAGCUUCACCCUCAACCCCUUCAGCAUCAGCACCUUCAGCUUCGUCAUGUGUUGAUACUGACAAGAUCAAACCAGCUAUAUCCGAAUUAACUUUUGUUGUUGACGAGAUUGAAGAUCAAUUAACAGUCUCUGAACCUGACUCUUCUGUCCAUUUGAAACCAAAUUAUGAUCCUGCUUUAUGGAUAGUGAAUGAAGAGACGCGGGAAUAUUUUGUUAAAAAUGGAUGGAAUCAAAAUAAAGAUUGCGAUUUUAAAAAAUCUGAAAGGCAAUAUCCAGACAGGAAAAGAGUGUUGGCUAAAUGGCUAUUCGACAGAAAACUUGCAAAUGGCGAAAUUGUAAAUAGAGAUUUCUUGAUUUACUCACCAAGUUUAGGCUCUUUGUUCUGUGGUCCAUGCAAAUUGUUUAGUUCGACCUCUACUCAGUUUACUGAAAAUGGGUUCAGUGAUUGGAAACAUGCAUCAGCGAGAAUAAAAGAGCAUGAAAACUCGCACGUUCACUACAAUAGUGUAAUAGUAUACAAACAAAGAGCAGAAGCAGCCGGGAGGAUCGAUAAGCUUCUACAAAACCAAGUGGAAGAAGAAAUAAGGUAUUGGAAGGCAGUUCUCCAGAGAGUGGUGGCCGUAAUAAAAAAACUUGCCUCGCGUGGUCUUGCCUUUAGGGGGACUGACGAAAAAUUUGGUUCUUUUUCAAAUGGCAACUAUAUGAUGUGCUUGGAGCUGAUUGCCGAAUUUGAUCCAUUUUUGAAAGCACACAUUGAAAAAUAUGGGAAAGCGGGUAAAGGCAAACAGUCAUACCUAUCAUCAACCAUUUGUGAAGAACUCAUCGAAAUAAUGGCAAAAACCGUUAUUGAUACAAUUUUGAAUGAUGCUAAGAAAAGCAAGUACUAUUCUAUAAUAGUAGAUUCCACCCCUGAUGUAACACACAUUGAUCAAUUGUCUUUCAUAUUAAGGUAUGUGAAUGAAUUGGGAAUCCCUGAAGAACAUUUUGUUGAAUUUAUGAAAAAUCAAGGUCAUACAGGUGAAGAACUAGUGAACUCAGUGCUUUCUUUCCUACAGUCGAAAGGAUUGGACAUACAAAACUGUAGGGGACAGUCCUAUGACAACGCGUCAAAUAUGUCAGGAAUGUACUCGGGGUUGCAGCCCCUUCCUAACUGUCCUGUUUUUGCCCAUAAAUCGACAGCAAUGACCGAUUAUGGCUCAAAGCCUGCGGGCACAUUCACAGGAGGUUUUUUCCACAACAUCAGAUUGGAAUAUGGAGAUAACAAUGUCAUAUCUUUAAAACAGUGGUCCAAAUUAUGUCACAAAUUAGCGAAACUUGAGGCUAGAAGACUUUUCUUGUUGGAAUGCCGGAGAAGAAAGCAAACAACUACUUUUAUUCAAAACCAGAUUGAUAGAUUAGUUAACACAACCUUCAGAGCAACCAGAGGUUCCGUUAGACGCAGGGUAGACAACUUUGAAUCUCAGGUUCAUGGAAUUCACCUAAAACUAGAUACCAUCAAAUUAGAUUAG